AUGUCUAUAGCAAGACAGUACGGAUCUGUGCUUGAGGCAAUCGAGUCCGAGGCAACAACGGCGACUAGACUCAACCAGACCAAAGCCAUUGAAUUCCAAGGAUUGGGGUCAGAAGGGGUCGUUUCAUCACCAGAUGAUCCGUCUCACACACCAGGUUGCAAUGUCUCUGGCGGGUUCAGCAUACAGAUGCACCCGCUGGAAUGGAUGAUUUUAGCCAAUAAAGCCGUCAAGACGGAGAUUUAUGGUUUGGAUGAAGCCAGCAAGAGCUCUUUCAUGGGUUUACUGGAUGUCUUGGAAGAGCGCCAGAGGGGUUGGCACAGCAGUCCUCGCAGCCAAGAUUAUGCUCAAUAUGCGAGCGGUGCUGAUCGUCCAACAUGCAUUCGCAUAAUCGAUGAGGUUAGAAGACUCAUUGGUAUUUUGAAGCUUGAGGACAGUGCAAACGUUGAUCCCAUGAUGGAGUCAUGA